AUGAAUUGUGAUUUGGUUGGAAAAAUUGAGUACCUCUUUAAAGAACAAGAAGAGCAAAUGUUGGGACGAGAAACACCACCCUCCACUAAACGUGCUCUUAAAUUUGGUGCAGAAUUGCCUUCUCCACAAAACAAUCCCUCUGAAAAUAUAAGCCCUAUUAAAAGCUUGAACCCUUACCAAAACAAAUGGACAAUAAAAGGUCGAGUAACAAAUCAGAGGAAAAUGCACCAAUAUAAUACGGCAAAACGCAAUGGCCAAGUCUUUAGUUUCGAUAUUGUAGACGAAGAGGGUUGUGAAGUUGGAAUCACUUGCUUUGAUGAAAUAGCAGAAUUGCACUAUCAUCGAGUUGAAAAAGGAGCUUGGUAUGUUGUUUCCAAAGGUUUUGUAAAAGAAACAAACACUGUAUGCAAUAAGUUGAACAACCAUCUUGAGAUUUUCUUGACAGAAACUUUUAUUUUGAAGCGUUGUGCCCCUGAUGUUGUUGAAACAGACAAAAAAUCACAAUACACCCCUAUUAAUGAAGUUGUCGACAGUAGCAACAAUACUUUGGUUGAUGUUAUCAGUGUUGUUGUCAAUGUUGGAGAGAUUUAUGUAAUUCAUAGAAAGGAUGGGUCUACUGUAAAGAAGAGAAUAGUAAAAAUAAAUGAUAUGUCAACUUUCACAAUUGAUGUUAACCUUUGGGGACCACCAUUGGAACAGUUAGGCAAUGACUUGAAGAAUAUGCAUGCAUCUGGAACAUUUUUCACCCUUGUUGUUCAAAAUGCAAGGGUUAAUUAUUUCAAUGGAAAAUUUAUUAAUAUCUCAGCUUCAACAACUUUCAAUAUUAACCCUUGCAUUCUUGAAGCAAAACCCUUGCGUUUGAGAGGCCCAAUAUUGCCAUGCAUUAACCCGCACUCUUCAGUUGGCUAUCACAAUAAUAGCCAAUACAAUAGAAUGACAAUUGCAUCCAUCCUUCAAUGUCUUAGUGUUAUGAUAGAAACCAUUGAGACUACUAUUACAGCUGUGUUGUGA